AUGGCUCAAGAUCCGCCGUUCAAAGUGGUCAUUGUUGGCGCUAGUGUGGCGGGACUCUCCCUCGCCAACAUGCUUCAGGCAAAUGACAUCGACUUUGUUAUCUUGGAAGCAUACCCAAACAUCGCUCCUCAAGUUGGAGCAAGUAUAGGGUUGCUGCCUCAUGGAAACCGGAUCCUAGACCAAUUGGGACUUUAUGAGAAGAUCCUGCAAGUAGCGGAGCCUGUCAACACGUUUUCGUUUCGUGCGCCGUCUGGGUUACCGCUGGCAUCAUAUCCUGGCAUGGACCGUAACCUGAUUGACCGACACGGAUAUCCGAUGAUGUUUCUUGAUCGUCAAACGUUGAUACAGACUCUUUACGACAACAUCAGGGACAAGUCAAAAAUCUUGGCGAACAAACGUGUCACAACGGUCAAUCUUGGCAAAAACGGUGUGACGGUAUUGGCAUCGGAUACUUCGACGUUUCAGGGUGACAUCCUCAUCGGCGCCGAUGGUAUCCACAGUACAGUCCGGGGGGAGAUGAGGAGACUCGCCAACAUGACUCAUCCUGGUUGGUUUGACGCAGGCGAGGAGGAAGGUGAGUACCUUCCUUGCGAGUACAACUGCAUCUUUGGCAUUUCACGACCAUGCCAAGGAAUCGUGCCUGGUGGUUUGCACGAGGUGUUUCGCAACGGGUCAUCCUACCUGAUAUCUGGUGGCCAAAAUGGACGAGUGUAUUGGUUUCGGUUUGAGAAGCUACCCCAGAGGCUCCAUGGUACACAAAUCCCACGCUACACCCAGAAAGACCUCGAGGAAGCGCUUGAUCGGGCCUCGAAUGAUCCAAUCCUACCCGGCUUGAAUUUUUCUGAGUUGAUUGAGAACCGAAUCACUGCAGUUUUGACUCCCCUGCCUGAAUAUGUCUACAAGAAGUGGCAUUUUGACAGGAUCUUCACUCUCGGAGAUUCUGCGCAUAAGAUGCAUCCAAUUGGAGGUCAUGGAGGCAAUGCGGCGAUUGAGACUGCUGCUGCACUAACAAACUCCUUGGUCGACGGGCUGAGCAAGACCUCUUCCCCUCUGACCACCACUGAUAUUGCGGCCCUUUUCAACCAGGUUCAAACACUUCGAUACCCUAGGGCGAUGACGAUCAAGGCGUAUUCACGCAAGAAACAGCUAACCGAGUCACUUGACAACUCACUGCAAAGAUUCGUCGCCUUUCACCUUCUUCCACGAGUCAGGGAGCAAGAUGUCACACGCAGUUACUCAGCUCAAAUACCAGGUAGUGAAAAGCUGGACAUGUUGCCAUUGCCAUACCGAAUGAAGCUCGUGCCAUAUAAGGACGAGUUGGUGGCCAAGCCAAAAGGAAGAGGAAUGGCUCGGUUCAUGAUACUUGGAAUUUACUUGACAUGCAGCGCCUUCGCCUUUUAUCUCAGAUGGCUGAGUCCUUCGGCAACAGAGCUUGGAAACCAGAUCAACAAAGUCCUAGUCGAGGGAUCUUUUGAAGAUGAUUCCUUGACUCUCUUACAGAGGGCACGUACUGGAAUCCUCUUGAUUGGCGAUCGUGUGGCUUUCAUGGCUGCGGCGUUGGUGCCUGGACUAAGCAACCCAACAAAACAACUUGGUCGCAUUCAGCUCUACUCUCUGAGCCAAUCGCUCCAUCCAACCAUUAUCUUGACGCUUGAAGGCUUCCGAGGACACUUUGCAGUCUCGGUUUUAACAUGGUACGUCUUGAUUCGGCUCUAA